CACAGCAGGUAUUAGCCCCGCGCGAAAGCGUGCGCGCCGGAGCCGCCGCGGCCGCACAGCCCCGCUAGAGGUGGCGGCGGCAGCGCUCCCCAGGGUGCGGAGGCAGGGGAGCUCGCGAGCUUCCUUUGCCUGCUCUCAAGGAUCGCCUCUCUCCCCCCGGCUGCCUGUGAAACAUGCGGCCCCGCGGCUCUGGGAGACGCUGUAAAUCGCCCUUUGGACUAACCCCGCAUCUUCCGAGGCUCGGUUGCACGCAGCCAGAGUGAAAAGUGCCAUUAGAUGUGGUUAGUUCAGGGACUUUGGGGGGGGGGGCGGGAACGGUUUGGCUGAAUACUGUGAUUUACAAUGAAUUUUAACACCAAGGCGCUUACGCUGACUUCAGGUGGAGACAGAAAUCGAGUCCAAUAGGGGACUCCUAGAAUGAGUCAGGCAAAAAAGUAAAAGUCACGCGUAUCCAGAUUGAAAUGUGCCUCUUUGGUGAAUUGCAUGGCUGCCUACGGAUGCAUUUUUGCAAGGAACCAUCCCGCUGAAAGUCUACACCAGUGCGCGCAGAGGAAGUAACUUGGGUAUACAUCCCGUGCUUUGUUACAAAAUAAGCCUUAAACCGUUUGGGAUUCUAGACUAAAAAACUUGUCGAGCCCUUUUCGUGAGCAAAGAGGCACGUUUGAAUGUAGCUAUGUUAUAACCCAGAGCAGUUACGGUCUGCAGAAAGGUGUGACUGCAUUUUCACCCAACGAAAUGAAAGCAAAAAAAUCUGAGCAAAUGCAGAGGACAAGUGCGCAUGAUGGAACAACGAAGCUGAAAGCCAGACUCACGGUGUUUUGCCAAAUCUUGAGCUCCGACAGAAUCAAGAUUGCUUUAAACGCAGCUGAUCCCUAACUACCGACACUGGUCUCAGGGGAUACUUAUGGAUGCCUGUAAGUAUGAUGCAGCGACUUGUAUAUGGAAAUAUGGACUCACAGUGGAUGCAGAAAAUACUUUUUAAGAUGCGGAAUGUAACGGAUCUGUUACCCGGGCAAAGUCCCCAGAACUUUGCAAAUAAAACCUUAAGAUAUUAGCGUGAUGUAAGUAAUAUUAUUUGGCGAACAUCAGCUUUCCAUUGAAUUCGUCAUGACCAAACAGUUGUGAAUUGGAAUGAGAAAACAUUGGACCCCAUUCACCCUGGCUACCAAAAAUCAGCGCUCCUGAAAUCAAUAACUUUCCCCAAAAGAGAACGCCAGACAGACCGUGUCUGUCAGCGGGUGGCAGGCUGGAUACAAAGAAUAGGGUCACAGAGGGGAUGGGGAUGCGGAGUAAAGCCGUUUCCCAGAAACCAAUGGCCACUGCAGUUCAGAGCUCAGUGGAGAGCUCAAAGGAAAAAGGAACUCCAGACGUGGCUCCAAGGAAAGCUAAAGCCAAGGUGGGGAUUGUCCACAGGACCCUCUGGGCUUCAGGCUAGUUGUAUUCUACUGCAGCUUCAGCCACUGAAAUCAGCAUGGCAGUUCAGGGCUCCCCGCUGGCUCUUGCUAAGUAUGACUGAGAAAAGAAGCACCUGCAAUGAACCAGCUACAAUUUUUCCUCGGGAUUCCACGAAUUUAACAGUAGCCCAAUGCCAGUGUCUUCGAGGAGGUGUUGGUCACUGUCCGCCGGGUCGGGGGUGCUGAAAUGUGGAUGAUGUCUAGCCGGAGAUCGCAGGGCUGCUGCUGCUUGUCCCAUUUCAACAAGGACAAUGGCAGAUUCCUCCUCUUAGCGGCCCUGAUCGCAGUUUAUCUGGCAGCUGGAGCUACAGUGUUCUCGGCCCUCGAGAGGCCGUCCGAAGUCAAGGCUCAGCAUCGCUGGAACAGGACCCUCCAAAACUUCAGCCAAAUAUUCAACAUCAGUAUGCCUGAGCUAAGGGACUUCCUGCGGAGUUACGAAGCAGCCAUGGCCGCGGGCAUCCGGGCAGAUGCCGUAAGACCAAGAUGGGACUUCACUGGGGCUUUCUAUUUUGUGGGGACAGUAGUGUCAACUAUAGGUUUUGGAAUGACCACACCCGCAACAGUGGCUGGAAAAGUGUUCCUCAUAAUUUAUGGUCUAUUCGGGUGUGCUGGGACUAUCCUUUUCUUCAACCUGUUCCUGGAGCGUAUUAUCUCUCUCCUGGCUUUUAUCAUGAAGGCAUGUCAUGAGCGGCAACUGCGAAGAAGUGGUCUUCUACCCACUAACUUUCAAAGGGGAUCAGCUAUCUCUGAAGUGGACAGCCUUGCUGGAUGGAAACCAUCAGUUUAUCAUGUGAUGCUGAUUCUGGGAAUUUUUGCCAUUACACUGGCUUGCUGUGCAUCAGCAAUGUACACAGCAGUGGAAGGAUGGAACUACAUUGACUCCUUAUACUAUUGUUUUGUCACCUUCAGCACCAUUGGCUUUGGAGAUUUGGUAAGCAGUCAAAAUGCAGUGUACCAAAAUCAGGGAUUAUACAGAUUUGGAAACUUCAUGUUUAUAUUAAUGGGUGUAUCUUGCAUAUACUCCCUUUUUAAUGUCAUAUCAAUUGUAAUCAAGCAAGUUUUAAACUGGCUGUUGAAAAAGUUUGGAUGCAGGUGUUGCUCAAAGUGCCAUAAAACAAGUGCCCGCCUUGGUCGUCGCAAUGCCAUCACCCCAGGAAGCCGCUUCCGUAGGCAUAACAUCUCUGUGGAGACUGAUGGACAAUAUGACAGUGACACAGAGGGGAGGAGGCUUUCUGGUGAAAUGAUUUCAAUGAAGGAGCUCACAGAAUCAAACAAAGUCUCCCUGGCCAUUUUGCAAAAGCAGCUGUCCGAGAUGGCCAAUGGGUACCCUAGAAACGUCAGUAUGAACAGCAGACAAAAUGGCUUCUCUGCAGGCAUCGGUGCACUAGCUAUCAUGAACAAUAGGUUGGUAGAAACAAGUGAUUCUAGGUAGAGUUUUUGAAAGUCUCUUCUAUAAGAUAAUAACAUUUUCUUAUUCUUUAUUUAAUAAAAGAUUAAGUUAUUAAUCUGAUGUUAUCAUGGGCUUAUGGAAACUCCAAAGCGAAGAGAUAAACAGGGCAAGAGGGGCUGUCAUGGGGCAGAGGAGAUACGUGAGACAGUCAUGUGUCUUCCCCUUUAGAUUGUGCCCCCCAGUAUGGGGAUGCACAAGUCUAUGAUUUAGAAGAAUGGUGUAUGUGGCUAUGUGUGAAGACAGUACCCUAAUCAAGAUGCUUUUCUUCAUUGUAGAGAAUGGUCUGAACCAAAAACUCUGGAGUAGUUCAGAUCUGGAUUCAAAGUUCACAGCUAGAUGCUGCCUCUGUGAUGAGGUAAACCAAAACUCCAGAGUUGAAUAUCCCUAACACCCAAACUUUGGUGAAGUUUGGAUCUGGACCUGAACUUUGAACCUUAUGCUCCUCACUGAUCCAUUAGAAGCCAGUUUUGUGCAUAACACACACAUAGCACAACAAAUAUACUAGCUUUAGGCGUCUAUCAUGCUCCCCUUGAAGUAAAUGUGUGGGGGGGGGAAUUCCAUUGAUUUCAGUGGUGCAGGGGAAAGCUCAGUGAAUUCCCAUGACCAUGAAUUAUUUCCCCCCCACACACCAAAUUUUCAUGUAAGAUGGUCUGUAACAUUAGCUGCUAUCUGAUUUCAAGAAGUUACAUGGUUAUCAGUUAAAAUUACUCUGGCUAUACAUGGUUUCAGAGUAGCAGCCGUGUUAGUCUGU